CUCACGCGGUGGUUGUUACUCGGUAGCUGUCGGGCUCCCGUGAGGGUGAUGGAUUUUGAGAAUCUUUUCUCCAAACCCCCCAACCCGGCUCUGGGUAAAAAUCUGUCCACGGACUUAGAUGAAAGAAUCGAUGAUGAAAUAGAUGAUACAGAAGUUGAAGAAACACAAGAAGAGAAAAUAAAAUGGGAAGUAAAACUGGAGUGUGAGCAAAUACCCAAAAAAUUUAGGCACUUGGGGAACACUACAGCAUCACCGAAGAAAUUACUACAUAGAAAAUCAAGAAGUAAGGACUAUGAUGUAUAUAGUGAUAAUGAUACCUGCAGUCAGGAAUCAGAAGAUACUUUUGCUAAAGAGCUUCAGCAGUAUAUACAAGCUAAAGAAAUGGCAAAUGCUGCUCAAUCCUUAUCAUUUCCUGAAGAAUCGAAGAAAGAGGGAGUGAAGGACACCCAGAAAGCUGUUAAGCAAAAAAAUAAAAACCUUAAAGCUGUAAAGAAAAAUGGUAAACAGAAGAAAAUGAAACGAAAAUGGCCCGGCACUGGACACAAAGGAUCCAAUGCUUCACUGAAGAACGGUGGCGCACAGGAGCAGGAUGGUAAACCAAAAGAGAAGCAGCAGACUGUGAGGAUGAGUCAGGGAUUCAUCAACCAACAUACAGUGGAACGCAAGGGGAAACAAAUUUGUAAAUAUUUUCUUGAAAGGAAAUGUAUUAAGGGAGACCAGUGUAAAUUUGAUCAUGAUGCAGAGAUAGAGAAGAAAAAGGAAAUGUGUAAGUUUUAUGUACAAGGCUAUUGUACCAGAGGUGAAAACUGUCUGUAUUUGCAUAAUGAAUAUCCUUGCAAGUUUUAUCAUACAGGAACAAAAUGUUAUCAGGGUGACUAUUGCAAGUUUUCACAUGCUCCACUGACUCCUGAAACACAAGAAUUGUUGGCCAAAGUUUUGGAUACUGAAAAGAAGUCAUCAUGAAAAUAAAAGGCAUGGAAAAGUUUUGUAUAGAUGAAGAGUGCUUAUGUCUACGCCUGUUCAAGACUGUUGAUUUGGAGUGGUUUACAAGAGUCCUCAUUUAAAGCGCCCUCUUGUGUCAUUAUGAUGUUAUGCAUCUUCUCUAAUUGAUGGCAGAGGGGCAGAAUCUAGUGUAUAAGUGAGGGGAUUGGUCUUCACCAAGCUGUUUCCAACCAGUGGAACAGAAAAGGAGCAUAUAUGGCAGAGAUGCUGGCUGGUAGGUAAAUGUUGUAGUAGUAAAUUGCAGAAGUCUUUUCUGAUUGAGUUUUGUAGGUAAAAUAGGAAGGAAGAUUCAGCUGAGUGCAGAUGCGUGGAGAGAGACAGGAGAUUGAAAAGAGAAAACAGGUUUCUCUAGGAACACAUUGGGAUAAUAGGUGGAUAAUGACUCUACAGUUAGGUCUUUUCAUGUCAUUAAAUACAUUUACAGCAUAUUUUUAAUGGUUGCUCACAAUUUUGGUUUAUUGUUUAAAUUACAGUUUGUGAUUUUUUUAAAACUAUUUUCCUGUUGUUUCCAGCUUCUCAGUAUUUUAAAUAAAAUGGAACAAUGUCUCUUGCUAUACCAUUCCUAAACUUGGAGUUUUUAACUUUUUUGUUAGGAUAUAAGAACGGUUAUCUUUUUCAUUGGUUUAUAAACUGUAGUGAGAUUGUACAUUUGUGUAAAAUGUAAAUUUUAGAAAUGUGAUAUCUCUGACAUAAUAGUCGAAUACAAAAUUCUCCAAGCACAGAUAAUGAGAUUCUAAAUAUGCACUUGUAUAGUGGUACUGAUUAUCAUUAGAGCAAUACUAUGAGCCUGAAACUGUUGUCAUCAUAUUGUUUUAUUGCUGGGAAGAAUAAUAACAUCACUAAUUUGCUGGAUACACAGAGUACACCAAAGGUAGUGACCGUUCUUAAAGUCCAGUUUGAAAAUAUAAGUCAGUUAUUUUGCUUCUAACCUAAUUCUGCUAAAGUAAGAAAUGGAGUUGCACAUAUUUCAAGCAAAGGUUUAUCAGACAAGACCUAGGAAAGGAAGAACCCAGGAUAGUUCCUGGGCCUUUAGCAUAGGAGUCUCUGAGCUAAGAGUGUAUCAUCUCUCCAUGGCCCAUUGCUAUCUGCCAAGUUGAUUGGCUCAUUCCUUGGCUGUGGCUAGGGAGCAGGACAAGGCAAUGCACUAGAAGCUGCUGGAGGAAGUCACAGAGGAAAGAGGUUGAGUUGAUACUUCAAAAGGAUCCUUUACCAAAGCCUUCAAUGAUUUAAUGAAAUUGUGCAAAGGAGUGGUUAUAUCACCUGGUGAAUUGAUAUUUUGUAUCUUUAGACAUCAUAUAUAAUUCAAAGGAUUUCCAGAUCCUGUCAAUUGCAGAAGGUGAAUUUUAUGGCAAACCUGUAUGUUAGUUAACAUUGGUCGACAAUAAGCUAAUGUUUAUGCACAGUUAUUAUCUGUGGGCUAUAUGGUAUUUUAUUUAAUACUGUUUAACUUUCUUAUUUAAGCCAUAUUACUCUAUAAGGUGGAUAUUGGGAUCAAUUGUAUAGAAAAGGAAAUUAAAUAGGAACAUUUACCUUCUACUUUUCUAUUUCUGUGAACCUUCAUAGUACUUACAUUUAAUUUUCUAUGACAGUUUAAUAAUCCAUCUCCUUAUAAUGUUAAUUCACAUACAGUUUAAUACUGAUGAGGUAUAAAUGUUUACAUAUAAAGUUCAUUUUAAGAAAAAAAUAAUUUUAUACUCCCAAGUGGUAGUACCCAUCCUGCUUGUAAACUUAGAAGACCAGGCAGAGGUUUCAGGGACCGAGAAGUCAGAGAAGUUUAAAAGCUCUAAUUUUAGAGGCCUGGAGGGCUCAGUUGGUUGAGCAUCCAACUCUUGAUUUCAGCCCAGAUCAUGAUCUCACUGUUCGUGGGUUC